AGCCUGCAGCUGAGACAGCACAGUGGAGAAAAGCAGUGGGACAACUCAAUUCUGUCAUGGUUUCCCCACUAAAAGAAAACAGGAGGAGGAUUUCUCUCUAGCUGAGGAGGAUAUGAGUCACCAAGCGGAGAGGGAAGGGUCUAAGUUCGAGGGAAACCUACAACGACCUGUGAUGAGGGGGAUGUAAGGAGGAUCUGCAGCCAACUUCAUCUGGACAAAGAGAUUUGUGGAACCUUUUAGAGGACCAGAGGGUCUUCCUGAAUAUCAUGAAGCAGGCAAAAGGGCAAAGAUAUGGUAAAGUGUCAUCCAAUGAGAGCAGGCGGCGGCCGCUGUCAUCGGGUGAUGUGGAGGGCUCAUUGUGGCAGGGCCCAAGGACCAUUUACCUCCAAAAGAACUCCCAGGGAUUCGGAUUCACUUUACGCCACUUUAUUGUCUACCCACCAGAGUCGUCCAUCCACUGCUUGAAGGAAGAAGAAAAUAGCAGCACACCAGAAAAAAAAUGUCAGCGGUCCCGUUUAGAGCCAGUGGACACCAUAUUUGUGAAGAGUGUGAAAGAAAAUGGACCUGCUCAUGAAGCUGGAUUGUGCACAGGUGACAGACUGGUGAAGGUUAAUGGAGAGUCAGUUCUGGGGAAGACCUACUCACAGGUCAUCAUGCUUAUCCAAAACAGCGAAGACAUACUGGAGCUCUCCAUCAUGCCUAAGGAUGAGGAUGUGCUGCAGUUGGUAAGUGCAUAUUCCCAAGAUGCCGCUCCAAGGGGCUAUAACCUUCGUUCAAGUAAGGGGCUGGAUCUCAUAGAAUCCCCUCCCCUAUGCUAUCAUUCCACCAAGUGUCAGCCUAACCCUGAUACCCACACCCUCCUGGACAACCGGCAGUGCAGACUCGGUGCAAUGGAUUAUUGCCCCUCUGCUGAAGCUGUCCUCACCUCUGGCUGGUCCGGGGUUCCUGAUGAGUCCAGCUACAGUCCGACUCAGAGAAACAGAGAACAGUUCUCCUCCCCAAUGAAUGUGCUUGACUUUCAUUUUGCCAACCACAAUGCUGCCAUCACCUCUGCAACACUGCCCCCACCCCGGAAGAGCAGCCUGCCAACCUCCUUCCGUUCAUACACAAGCCCCCCCUGCAGCCAGGCCCUGUCAGACUGGUACUACAGCCAGGCCAAGGUGACAGAGCAUGUGUCUUCCCAUCAACACAGCAUAUCUCAAGAUCACCUAGAGGAGCUGGCGAUGAAUCCGGCACUUGGUACGACCCUUAAAACCUCUGCUGGUAAACACAGAAGAGAAACCCUGUUACUCCACCACCCGGCAGCUGCUGCAUCCCACAACUCCUGCUGGCCGAGGGAUUGUGGUGGAGCAUCAGACUCUGGGAGCAGGCCCUGCUCAGAGAGUCUUUUGGCAGCCUAUGCUGAAUAUGAGCACAACUAUGGGCGCUCCGUGGAAACUCUAACACAAGCCUCACAACUGGUCUCCUCACAUUCCAAAAUCAUUCCCCAGAAGCCGGAGCAAAAAGAGCCAAAAGCCUCAGGUGGACAUCAACAACAGAGCACAGCCCUUACCAUGAUGCCACCUAAUGGCAGGCAGCCAUGUCAGCAGGUAGCAGAACCCCAAACGAAACAAGUGAAAGAGGAGUGGCGGGGAGGGUAUAAAAGUCAGAAAAACCCUUUCCCCAACAAAGCUGGUCACAUCUUCCAAAAUACCCAGUCCUUCAGCGAAUCCAGCUUCAGUGGCCCCCACCUUCACUGGAGCCCCAGCACCACAGAAAACAGUGAAAGAGUGAUGCCAGCCCGGCCCAAGUCUGCUUCACUUUUGUCUGCUUCAGAUGAGGAGGCAGUACAGACUGUGGAAUGCAAAGAGGUCACAUCCUCAGAGUUGGUCUUGAGACUAAAGCCCACUCUGCUGCCUUCACACCGCAGUCCAUUGGAAGAGGUGCCCCCCCAGCUGACUUCAGCCACACCCUCACCAGGAUCCACCCCCAGCCGCAGAGCCAAUGGCAGCCUGGCACAGCAUGCCUUCGACUCGCUAUCCUCUAUUCCCUUUAUAGGCAGUAUUAAAAGCCGCCGCUCCUCCUACCUUCUGGCCAUCACCACUGAAAGGUCCAAGUCCUGCGAUGAGGGCCUCAACACAUUCAGAGAAGAAAGCCAAGUCUUUUCAAAACUACCAAAGAGGGUCAGGAGCUUCUUCACUGAUGGGUCACUGGAGAGCCUGCAGGCUCAGGAGGAGGCCUGCUCGAAACGCCACUCCACCUCAGAGCUGGGAACCACAGCCUUCAGUGAUGUCCGCAAGGAGGGCUGGCUGCAUUAUAAACAGAUCCUGACUGAGAAGGGAAAGAAAGUGGGAGGCAGCAUACGACCCUGGAAGCGCGCCUUCACAGUGUUGCGCUCCCACCUGCUUUUCCUCUAUAAAGACAAGCGAGAGGCUGUGCUACAUGCCGCAGGGGCGCAGCCUUGCCAGGAAGACCAUCCUCCGAUCUGUAUCCGUGGCUGUCUUAUCGACAUUGCCUACUGUGAGACCAAGCGAAAGCACACCCUGAGACUUACUACACAAGACUUCUGCGAGUACCUGCUGCAGGCCGAGGACAGGGACAGCAUGUUGGCCUGGAUCAGGGUCAUCAGGGAGAGCAGCAAAACGGACAACGAGGAGAUCUGCUUUUCAAGACAAGCUCUCAUCAACAAGAAACUGAACGAUUACCGCAAACAUAGCCUGACAGGAAACAAGCUGGACUCUUCGCCAAAAACCUACAGAAUGAUGUCUCCCUUCCUUGCCAAAACUGACAACACUUCUGUGAACCGAGUCUCCAAAUCAGAAGAAAACAAAGCACUGUGGGGUAUCAGUCUCAUGAAGAAAGCGAAGAAGACAAGCAGCCCUAAAGCUUUUGGGAUUCGACUGGAGGACUGUCAGCCUGCUGUCAAUCAUAAAUUCGUUCCUCUCAUUGUGGAGAUGUGCUGUGAAGUUGUGGAAACCAUAGGUCUGGAGUACACUGGAAUCUACCGUGUACCUGGGAACAACGCCAUGGUAUCCAACCUGCAGGAGCAUCUCAACAAAGGACUUAACAUCAACAUCACUGAAGAGAGAUGGCAGGACCUCAAUGUCAUAAGUAGUCUCCUAAAAUCCUUCUUCAGAAAACUGCCUGAGCCUCUGUUUACUGACGACAAAUACGGUGACUUUAUUGAUGCCAAUAGGAUUAAAAACACAGAGGAUAGACUGAAAACCAUGAAGAAAUUGAUCCAUGACCUUCCAGAUUACUAUCAUCACACCCUGAAGUUUCUGGUUGGCCAUCUGAAGAGGGUGGCAGACCACUCUGAAAAGAAUAAGAUGGAACCCAGAAAUUUAGCCCUGGUGUUUGGCCCCACACUGGUAAGAACGUCAGAAGACAACAUGACCGAUAUGGUCACACACAUGCCUGACCGUUACAAGAUAGUGGAGACUCUCAUCGUACAUCAUGACUGGUUCUUCAGUGAUUCAGAUUUUGACCAGGAUGAAAAGGCUCCUGAAGACAGGCAGAGCAUCCAGCCUGCACCCAACAUUGACCAUCUGCUGUCCAACAUCGGCCGUCCGGGCAUGCCUGGUGACACUUCAGGUUCCACCACCAGCGAUUCUUUUAAGUCCAAGAUCUCACCAAGCCCCAAAAAAGACCUGAAUCCCAUGGACUUCCUCCCCAAGUCCAUUGUCUCAGCUGUGCCCCGUAAACGUAAGAAAUGCCUGAGCACCCCCCUGAGCAGCAGCAGCGUCGACGAAGACUCUGAACAUGAACCAGUGAAAGCCAGCAACUAUGGAGAAGAGGAGGACAGAGAGGAGGAAGAGCAAGUCAAAGAGAAGCAUGCCUUUCCCACAAGCGAGCAAAGGCAGGGUGGAGGCGAACCAGCCUCAGACACCAGUGAGGAAGCAGAGGAGUGGAGGGAGGACCUGGGAAAGGAGAUCGAAAUUGGAAGCACGAGAAGAAGCGACGUACCUUCACCUCUUCACGUUGUCCUUCACGCCCCGCCUCCAGUUGACCCCUACCAUCUAAAGAGCCACAGUCUGGCCACAGGACGAUCCAUUCCCUUUUGGGUCCCCCCCAGCAUGUAUCCCAACCCAUAUCAGCCUUCCAGCCAUCAGGGAGCGCAGCCGUCCCACACAGGCCAGUCUGUCCGAUUUAGGAAGAACAUUGUGGAGCGGGCCAGGGCCCGGUCCAUGUGCUUGGACAGUGAGCUGGGCAAGGGUGAGCGGAGAGCCAGAGGAUGGAGGACAGACAAGGUGGAGGUUAUCAGAGUAAUGGAAGGGACAGUGGGGCCACGGGGAUCAGUUCUAAGUCAGGGGUCACUUCAGAAAAUUGAUUCCCUCCCUUUCUCAUUCACUUCUCCUCCCUGGAUCGACCCGAAAGCUCACAAGUCUUCCACCGUUGUCCUGAGGGGAUUGGCCCAGCACCAACGGGACAAGACAAGGGCAUUGCGGCGUCACACUGUGGUGGUUUGAGACAGAACACCCAUCAAGUCUUGUUCUCUACACCUCCCCACCAUGGUCGUUUCAGCACUCAAAGAUAAGAAAACAAGGAGUAAGCAGUAGAUUGUGGAGGAGGGACCCACUCACCCCACUUCUUUACACUAACCUUGUUUUUAAAUGGUGUGAAUAAAUGCAGUACCUGAUAUCUCUGAGCAGGGAAGGAAAUAGUUUCCUUCAUGUUUGUUUUGUUUGACCCUCUUUUGUAAAGUGACACGAAUGAGCUGCUGUUAAAACUUGCUCAAAAUGAAAUUCUGCCAAAAUUAAGUUUUGACUUGAGAGGUACUUAAAAGGCAGUCUAAAGCAAACUAAACGUACCUGUAACACUAAAAGUAUUAAAACGUUCAUGAAGAUGGAGAGGCUGCAGGUUCAAGGAGCAUCUGGACAAAAACAGGCCAGCAAAUAUUCUGGAUUUUGUUUUUCUGCAUGUUGGAAGUGAUGGAAGAGCAAUCUUUUGUUUCUCUGUAUUUUUACAUACUCCUACAGUUCAAGGGCCAACUAAUAAUAUCUUACCUGCUUAUAUGAAUAUAAAAUAAUUUAUGUUUUGGAA